AUGGUUUGGUUGAAAACCGGUGUCAGGUACCAUUUUUACUAUGGCAAUCUGACUAAUGCCGAACCGAACCAAUUUGGCGCAUUCCUGAGGCACGCGAUGGUCUUGCUUAAAAGAAUUUUAUGGUCGAUAUUAUCAACGCAAUCUUUUAUCUCUUAUCGACUCAUUGAUCCUAAGAAGAGAUCAAAAAUAUGUCGAGUUUUGACGACUGCUCAUUCGAAAUUAUUAAAUAUGUUGCUAAACAUAAUAAUUUUAUCUGUCAUCAUUGGCAAAGAAUUAUCACGAGGACAUCGUAUUGAACCUGAAACCCGAAUAAAUACGAAAUCAGAGAAUUCAAAUAAGGAAUUACAAUAUGUUUUAGGAAAUGGUUUUAAAGAAAUGUCUUCAUUUUCUGAAUGGGCGCGCUGGAGUGUAUGCCUCGGUGGCCACAAAAUGAGACGACGUCACUGCUUACGUCGGCAUAUUUGUGGAGAUUCGCUCCGAAUACAAGUCAAAAGAUGCAGUACCUCUCAUCGAGCGCACAAGCAGAGCAAAAUGCGUCAUGACGCUUGGUCGACACAACAAACAGAAAACAUUAUUGAGCAACAUAUUGUUACGUCGCAGUUAAGGCAGUUAGAUGCGGACGACGUACAGAAAAAGUUUCGAGGGUUCUCUCCAUGGAGCACGUGGACGCCUUGUUCGAGAAAGUGUACUUCUGUAAGACGAAGGUAUUGUUUGAAGCCAGAAGUGUGCGGACGGAAAGUAAUUAAACAAUCAGCAUAUUGCUACUUGGAGGGUAGUUACUGCUAUCAGUGGAUUCGCAACAGAAUGGCUCGACGAAAGGACCCAGAAUACAACGUUGUCGAGAAAAUUCCAGAACCAGAGCUUGCUAUACAUCCAGAAGAUUCUCGAGAUCUACCUGUAUGGACGCCAGCUUGUGGUAGAGUAGGUAGGCAUCGUGGUUCUCCCCGUUCUCGACUUCGGGCUAAAAUGCAAGAAAUGGUCCGCAUUAUAGGUGGCAGGCCGGCACCACCAGGCAAAUGGAUCUGGCAAGUCGCAGUUUUGAAUCGGUAUAAGGAAGCUUUUUGCGGCGGGACACUAAUAGCGUUACGGUGGGUAGUGACAGCGGCUCAUUGUGUGAGGAAGCGCCUGUACGUACGUCUGGGUGAGCAUGACUUGCUCGUGCGAGGUCCCGGUGAAAUCGAGAUGAGAGUGACCGAGGCUGUGAUCCACCCCGACUACGAUCCUGAUACCGUCAUUAAUGACGUCGCAUUACUGCGAUUGCCGGAACCAGCAAGACCUGACUUAGGCCAUGGAAUAGCUUGUUUGCCUAAGCCACAUCAGAUUUUACCACCACAUUCGACUUGCACUAUCUUAGGGUGGGGAAAGAAACGUGCGUCUGACGUGCAUGGCACGAGAAUUCUGCACGAAGCACAGGUAUCAACAAUACAGCAGGGGGUUUGUCGCCGUUCAUACUGGCAGUAUGCAAUAACAGAAAAUAUGGUGUGCGCGGGUCGCGGACGCCGGGACUCUUGCGCCGGAGAUUCGGGUGGUCCUUUGUUGUGUCGGGAUCGUAAUAUGAGAUAUUUUCUGCAGGGUAUAACGAGUUUUGGUGAUGGAUGCGGCAAACGAGGCAAAUAUGGAAUCUACACACGAACCGCGGGUUACGUCUCAUGGAUGCGUAAUGUCAUGAAUAACAAAUACUUUGAUGAUUUAUAA